CCCAUCCCCACUUCUUGCCGCUCCUUUGGUAUAUAGUCCUCAUGCCCGCCUUCGCAAAUGCAGGACGAGGGCCCUUCGAAUCCCCAUGAUGGCGCCAAUGGUCUCGAUACGGCCGGGCCCGACCGCGGCACGCUGCUGGGCUGCCGCGGGCCGUGGCGAACGAUUUCUUAGACCGUCGAUACGGGCCCCGAGGACGGCGAGAGGCGUUGCGACGAAUGCUGCGGUGCAAGAGACGGGCGUGGAGUAUCCGGGCGGUGUGGUCCCGACUGUACCUGUACCAAUUGCGCAGAGGCCGAAUCUGCAGGAGCGCAAAGAGGCGAUCAGGAAUGCGAAGCCGUUUUCUGAGUUCUUGACGGAUUCGUUCAACAGACAGCAUGAUUACCUGCGAAUCAGCAUUACAGAGCGGUGUAAUCUACGGUGUCUGUAUUGCAUGCCCGAAGAGGGCGUUCCGCUUUCGCCUCCCGCGCAUAUGCUCACUACCCCCGAGAUCUUCUACCUUUCGUCGCUGUUCGUAUCGCAAGGCGUCACCAAGAUUCGGUUGACAGGCGGCGAGCCCACCGUGCGCCGCGACAUCGUUCCGUUGAUGCAGUCCAUUGGCAUGCUUCGCUCGAAAGGCCUCCGUGAACUCGCGCUCACAACCAACGGCAUAUCGCUACACAGGAAGCUGGAUGCGAUGGUAGAAGCUGGGUUGACGGGCGUGAACCUGAGCUUGGACACUUUGGAUCCGUUCCAAUUCCAGAUCAUGACCCGGCGGAAAGGCUUUGACGCCGUGAUGAGAUCGAUUGACAGGAUAUUGGAGAUGAAGAAGCUCGGUGCGAAUAUCAAGCUGAAGGUCAACUGCGUGGUGAUGCGCGGGCUGAAUGAGAGGGACAUCAUACCUUUCGUUGAGAUGGGCCGUGAGAAGGAUAUCGAGGUGCGCUUCAUCGAGUACAUGCCGUUCGGUGGGAACAAGUGGAGCCAAGGCAAGAUGAUAUCCUUUCAGGAGAUGCUCGACAUCAUUCGGACCAAAUACCCGAGCUUGCGGAGUGUCCCCGGCCAUAAGAACGACACGAGCAAGACAUAUGGAGUCCCGGGCUUUGUAGGCAAGGUCGGCUUCAUCACGAGCAUGACGAACGACUUCUGCGGGACUUGCAACCGCCUACGUAUCACAAGUGACGGUAACCUCAAGGUCUGUCUUCAUGGGAAUGCGGAAGUAUCCCUCCGCGAUCUCCUACGACAAGACAACAACGGCGAGCCGAUCGAUCAAGAAGCAUUCGAGCGCAUCAAACAGAUUGAGAUGGAUCGCAGAGACGGCCUGCUCAGCGACGAGACGAUCCUCGGAUGGGGCCAGCGGGAGCAAGAGCUCCUGCAAGUGAUCGGAGCUGCAGUCAAGCGCAAAGCCGAGAAACAUGCAGAUAUGGGCGACUUGGAGAACAUGACCAACAGGCCCAUGAUAUUAAUUGGUGGGUGACAUUUGGCUUUCGUCUUUCUGUUCCUUACGAUUGGAUGCCCCCAUGAUAUCACGGCGGCCAUUGCUGCAUAGAUGAUGGCGUUCUGAGCGUUUAUCCCUUGGUUUCGAUUCAACACUGUCACUCCUGGAUGUAGAAAGCACGCGCUUAUAUACGUCAAUUUUAUACCCCGAUAUGUCAUAAUCCUUCACGUUUUACUCUUUAUCUAUACGUGUGAUGGC